UCGGUGCUAGUCAAGACAGGAUAGGAAGCCUCGCUUUAAGAGCACCUACUACAACAUGGCUGCGUGCACACAUCUCCCCAUGUCUCUCUUCUGCCUGCUGCUCUUGGCGACCUCGAUUGCAGACGAUGGGGCUCAUUUUCCAGAGGAGAUCCUGUUGGAGGAGUCGGCCUUGCAGAGGCCGAAGGUUUUGCUGGCCAUCAUAGCCCGGAACGCGGCGCACACACUCUCCUACUAUUUGGGUUGCAUCGAGAGACUAGACUACCCUAAGGACAGAAUCGCUCUCUGGGUUGCCACAGACCAUAACAUUGACAACACAACAGCAAUCCUGCGGGAAUGGUUGAAGAAUGUUCAGAAGGCCUAUCACUAUGUGGAGUGGAGACCACUGGAUAAUCCCAAGUACUAUUCUGAUGAAAUAGGGCCAAAACACUGGAGUAAUUCCAGGUUCGCACAUAUGAUGAAACUCAGGCAAACGGCACUGAAAACUGCAAGGGAGAAGUGGGCUGACUACAUUUUGUUUGUAGAUACAGACAACUUGCUAACAAAUGAGCAGACACUGAAUCUGAUGAUAGCUGAAAACUUGACCGUGGUUGCCCCCAUGCUGGAUUCUAACACAUUGUACUCAAACUUUUGGUGUGGGAUGACACCCCAGGGAUACUACAGGAGGACUCCUGAUUACAUUCCAAUUCGAGAGUGGAAGCACAAGGGUUGUUAUCCUGUUCCUAUGGUGCAUUCCACUUUUCUCAUUGACCUGCGCAGGGAGGCUACGAAAAAGCUGGCAUUCUACCCUCCACACCCAGACUACACCUGGGCAUUCGAUGACAUCAUUGUCUUUGCAUUUUCCUGCAAAAUGGCUGAGAUCCAAAUGCACAUAUGUAACAGAAAACGUUAUGGCUACCUCCCAGUGCCCCUUAAGGCCCAGGAGUCCUUACAAGAGGAUAUUGAAACCUUUGUUCAUGUUCUCAUUGAAAGAAUGAUUGACCAUCCUCCCAUAGAGGCUUCCAGAAAUGUUUCUACGCCUGUAAAACACCUGGACAAGAUGGGAUUUGACGAGAUCUUCAUGAUAAAUCUCAAACGCAGAACAGACAGAAGAAAACGAAUGCUCCGCACGCUUUACGAACAGGAAAUCGAAGUCAAGGUGGUGGAUGCUGUGGAUGGGAAAGCCCUCAACACAAGCCAUCUGAAAGCUCUUAACAUUGAAAUGUUGCCAGGAUAUCAUGACCCUUACUCAGGAAGAAUACUGACACGAGGAGAGAUAGGUUGCUUUCUGAGCCAUUAUUACAUCUGGAAAGAGGUCAUUGACAGACGGUUGCAAAAGGUUCUUGUCUUGGAGGAUGAUAAUAGGUUUCAGCCACAUUUUCGAAGAAGGAUAACAAAGCUAAUGGAAGAUAUCGAGGAGAACCAGCUGGACUGGGACCUGAUCUACAUUGGUCGAAAGCGGAUGCAAGUGGAACAUCCGGAAAAAUCUGUGCCUGGCAUUAGGAAUCUAGUAGAAGCAGAUUAUUCCUACUGGACUCUGGCCUACAUCAUAUCUCAGCAGGGGGCUAAGAAGCUGGUGGCUGCUGAACCUUUUGGGAAGAUGUUGCCAGUAGACGAAUUUCUACCCAUCAUGUACAACAAACAUCCGGUGGAAGAUUAUAUGAUGUUCUAUGAACCUCGGGAUUUAAAAGCCUUUUCAGUGGAGCCCCUGCUGAUUUAUCCGACGCACUACACUGGGGAACCAGGCUAUCUGAGUGAUACCGAAACCUCUAUAAUCUGGGACAAUGAUGAAAUACAAACGGACUGGAACCGCAACUUAUCCAGAAAAACUAGGGAGCAGGGAGAGAUUGGGGCCGAAGCCCAGAAUACAGAGGCACUACAACCUCAGACACCCAUUGACACAACUUCUCGAGAUGAACUAUGAUGUGGUUCUGCACUCUUUGGCUCUGAUCUGUGAUCAGAACCAAUGCAUCUCUGUCAAACCGAUGUGGUUUGGGAAAAAAAAUGUCUGCUGGAAGGCAACUAUAAAAAUCUCUUGGGAUAAUGUGACGUAGAAUCAAGUGAAAGCUAUUGUAUCUCUUCAUUGGGCUUCUGGCAUCCUUUCAAAAGGCUGCAACUGAUUUUGGUGAUCAGGUAUCAGUUACUAUUGGAUUAUUUGGAAUCGUGAAAAUGGUUCCAUUAUUUCCAUUUCCGUAUCUCUUAUGUUGGCUUUCACGUGUUAUAUAUAUUCCCCCACUACUUUGUGAAAGAGCCAAUGGGUGUGGGAUCUCAUUAGUGCUGUCCAACCCAGCUUCUGCCACUGUGCAACUUCAUGCUCAUAUCUGCCUCUCAAAAGAUCUGAAUCUAUGGUCACAUCCCAGUGUAGGAACUGAGCAGGGCUCAUAAUGGAAUGACUAACUCUUUAAUUGCUGCAAACUCAAUGCGAGCUAGAUUUUCAAACUGCUGUUAUCACAAGGAUGUUUUUGGUGCCACAUUCAGUAUUCAGAAUAACACUAAUAUUUCUGCUAGUCCAGAAUUUCUCUAAGUGGCACUACAUUUCCCAAUUUUGUUCUUUAAAUAAUAGUGUGUUGUGUGUAUGUGCAUAAGGUUUGUUUCUAUUUAUUUCAGUUCUUCACUGGCUUGCGAUUCGUGCUGUAUAGGAUCAAAAGCAAAGUUAUGCCAUUUUUCUCUCUCUACAAGGGCACUGUUGCUGGUUUUCCUCUGAGACCAGUGCAAAACUCUACAAGUUCAUUGUAAGCCCUACACUUUACUGUCAAGUUUCACCCCUGCAAGCUGGUACAACAUACAAAUCUGAAAAUGAAGAAAAAAUAUUUUUUUAAGACUUCAGUUGUGUACUCAUCAGGACACUGUCAAGAAUUCCAGUGUAAAGGGAGAAAACAUUCACAUUGUAGGUGCAAUGAAUGCUGAUUGGAAAAAGGAUGGAGAGUUAACCAGUUGAUGAUUGGCAGUGAACUGCCAGACUUUGUUGUGGCUUGUCUUGAGUCAACAAAAAUCUGGUAAUUGCCAUUCUCUGAUUCAUUUGGCAGGGCAAUGCCUUGUCUAAUCAGUUAACCUUCAAAUUUAAAAUUUAUCAAAGUUUAGCAGUCAACUGUCCAUCAUCAUCUAACUAGUCCAUUUUGCAUUGGUAACAUGCCCAUCAAUCAUAAUGCACCUUUCAACCCAUCAGAACUCUUUUUCUGUGCAUUAUUCUUGCAACUGUCCUGAUGAAUGCCAGGCAAAAAAACUUCAAAAAACAUGUCCUAUUUUAAAGCAAUACCCAAGUUCUGUGUUUCCAAACAACUGUUUGAAUAUGGAAAGUCUUUGGUAAUGAAGUAUCCAACAUGUUGCUGAUAGGAUUAAAAUGGAAGCUAAUUUUAGAGCUUGGAAUGGUUUAAGCCCCUGACACGUCCAUUCUGUUCAUGCAGAUCUACUUUGAAUAUUGUAUCAGUCUGGCUGUUGUAUGUUAACUUUGGAAAGUUGAUCACUUCUAUUACUGCUUUUGAAUAAAUUGCUUAAACUGUGGAGAACACAUUCUAUUCCAUUCACAAAACUAUGACAUUUUGUGAAAUCUGGAGAUGCGCACAGUGCAAAUAGAAAUCCCAUUUGAUGCUGCCUGGAUAAGACUAGUAAACUUAAAUUUUUGAGAAAUGACAGAUCUCAGGGGCAGCACGGUGGCUCAGUGGUUAGCACUGCAGCCUCACAGCACCAGGGACCCGGGUUCAAUUGCAGCCUCGGGUGACUGUCUGUGUGGAGUUUGCACAUUCUCCCCGUGUCUGCGUGGGUUUCCUCUGGGUGCUUCGGUUUCCUCCUACAAUCCAAAGAUGUGCAGGCUAGGUGGAUUGGCCAUGCUAAAAUUGCCCAUAGCAUUCAGGGGUGUGUGGGUUAAAGGGGGAUGGAUCUGAGUGGGAUGCUUCAAGGGGUGGUGUGGACUUGUUGGGCCGAAGGGCCUGUUUCCACAUGGUAGGGAAUCUAAUCUAAUCUUAACUCUCUUACUGUUAUCCAAUGUUUUGACUUUCAACUUGCAUCUACCUUCAAAUUCUUCAUGGCCUUGAUCGAUGCUCUGUCUUGUACCCUCCAUAUACGCAUUUCGUGCGUUGGUUCCCUGAUUGCUGUAUGUCUUCCUUUCGUCCAUGUUUAUGACAGAUUCCCCAUGAAUUGGCUGUACUUUUAUGAUAAACUUACUCAGAUGCCCUCUGGCACACAUUCUGUCUCUUUGUAAGCCUGCUUAAAAACUCCGUUUCACACUUUCUGGUGAUCAUUCCGAACUUUUCUCGUACAUGACAGCAAUUUUCUCCUGUUUGUCAUUCGGUACAUCCUUCUCCUGUUAAUGUGCCUCAUAAAUGUGAAUAUUUAAUGUUCACUUUAGCAGAUUUAAUUGAUGCUAAGUGGAAUGUAUCUGCCAAACCUCGAGUAAAACUGAAGCAGGAAAUAGCUUCAAACAGUGUGCACGUCUGACACCAAACAUUGCAGCUGUUUGUAGAAAUUGCGGUAGUUUCUGUACAUUUUUAUUGAACUCAGUGCAAGUCAUGGUUCUGAAUUUCACAGUCAGGUCAAGAGUGUUUUUGUUGAACUUUAUCAAUCUUGAACAGUUUGCCUCCCCAUGUUCUUGAAUUUUGGAACCAAAUUUACAUGAAUGGGUUUGGGUUCUAUCAGCCCUGAAGGGAGAGGCUGAAAGGCGGUUAGGUAGGUAGUAGAGUGUAAAUUGACAAGGGAAGGGUAGGUAGUAGAGUGUAAAUUGACAAGGGAAGGAAGGUGUUGCAGUGCCUCUCCUACUUACAUCUCCGUAGUUUUUUAUUGAUCUCAACAUAAGGAAUGGGUGGCCACUCAGGUGGCCAGUGUCAAGUCUGUUCUCACCAACACUGGCAUUUUACCAGCAGUAGGUGGGCCCUCCAUUGUGUGGGAGAUCACGUCCUGAAUCCUAGAGGCAUGCCUGCAGACUCAGGAUGUCCAUCCUAAACAAGUAUUGUAUGGCUCAUGACAAGGUGUCCCAUGUGCAUCCUGGAAUAGUCUUCUGCCCACAGUGGCAAUCAUUACUGGAACUGGAAACAAAGUGUUGCCAGGGCCAGGUUGGCAGGUCCUACUGAGGUCACUAAUGAGUCACUAAGGUCUCCAAUUGGCGCAUGGACAGUGGGUUAAUCCAGCUACCUCACAGGCUAUUUUGUGAAUACUGCCAUUUCAUUGCUAUCAAGCAAAUAUUGAAGACUGGCCAAUUGCUUAAAUUGUUUAAAUUCAGCGCUGUACACUUGAGAUUUUUUUGUGAAAAACUUUAUAGUUCUUCCAGAUGUUGUUAAUACUCCAUUUGUGUCAUAUAAUGGUGAUUUUCUACAUAGGAUUACAGAGGAUGGACAGAACAGAAACAGACUAUUUGAAACAAUUAGCCCAUGCCAAUGGCUAUGUUCCACUCAAGUUGUUUUGCAUCUUCCCUCAUCUGAUUUGACCAUUGUAAUUCUCUGUUCCCUUCCCUUCCGUAUGCUUGCCGAGUUACCUUAAAAUACAUCUCAGCUAUUCACUUCAACCAUUCCAUGUAGUCACUUCAACCAUUCCACUCUUUCAGUGAAGAGGAUUUUUCUGAAUUCCUGUUUCAGUUUCUUGGGGAUUGUCUUACAUUGACAGCCUCUAGUGAUGCUGUACCCCAUUGUGGAAAUGUGUCUGCUCUUAUCAAAAUCUUCCAUAAUUUUACAGCCCUCUGCAUUCUUUUCAACAGAGCAGUGAACAGCAUGUCAAUUCUUCCCUAAUAUACACACCCGUAAAUUUGUGUAUCAUUCUUGAAAAUCUUCUCUUCACCCUCUCCUGUGAUUCUGUGUCCUUUCUACAACAUGGCAACUGGAACUGCAGGCAAUACUCUUCUUUAUCAUCCAAACAAUUUUUUAUGGGAACUCAGCAAGACAUCCCAGUUCCAAAUCUGUCUGUUUCGAGAUAAAGCUUAGAGCUUUUUUUGUGUUCUUCACAACUUGUGGUGAAAUUUUUAGUGACUGAUGUAAUUAUCUGAGAUUGCUUUGUUUGUCUCCGUCAUUUAGACAUUCAUCUUCUAAGUAAGAAGCAACCUCCCCAUUAUUCCUAUCACCUUACGUUUAUCUUGUGUUGAACUUCAUUUGCCAAUUAUUUGCCCAUUUCUGUAAUGACCUCCUGUAACUUCUUGCAGUCCUCCUCAGAGUUGACUAUCUUACUACAUUCCCCUUCCAAUUUGAUGUCAUUGAAUUGCUAAAUAUUUUUCAUUUGUAAUAAUGAGAGAGUGUUUGAUUUGCAGUUUUACUUUAUUUUGUUUUGAAUUUUUGGGUUGAAUACUUGGAGAGGUGCAGUAAUCCACAUGGUAACUGUAACAGCUUAGCAUAGAAUGACAGAUUGAUGAAAAUUAUUCCAGACACAGAGGACUAAUUAAUAGGCUGCAUUGAUUGCAAGAUCAAAACAGGUAAUUAAUUUUUACAUGAAUCAUAUGGUGAGAUUGUUCUUGAAGCAGUUAUUCUUACCGUUUAUUUACCCAAGUCUUUCUGUGCUACUGGUGUCAAAUUGAAAAUGCACCCAUCCCCCAUUUAAAGCCAACUGAUAUUUUAAAGAAAGACCGCAUUUGUAUAAAAUUCAGCAUGAUUUAUGAGUGCCUCCCUCUAGAAUUACACAUCUUCACAGCCACAUGCUGUACGUAAUGUGGAAAUAACAUUGCUUUCUGUGUGUAUGUAUUAUUUAUAAAUUUAAUAAUUUAUUCACCGUGCCAGAAAUUAUUUCAUAGUUCAAUACUUGAAUAGUUUGCUGUUAAAUACAGAAGUGCGGCCCAUGGCAGGUCUCCAGUUAGGUGGCUUAACAACGGACAACAAACAAUGAGCACAAACAUCUUUUUUAGGUAAUACACAAUUCAAAUAAUAAUGAGAAAUAUCAUGAAAAUGUCACAAUUUGAGAAAGUUACACACUUGCAUCAUUUCAAUAGAACAUUGAAAACAGCAACUUCAGCCUACCUGAGUUAAAUCAUUCCUGAUCUGUGACUCCAUUUAACUGUCUGCAAUCCACAUCCUGUGAUAUCUUUCUAGACCCAAAAUCAAUCAUCUUUAAGCUUUGAAAGUUUUGCUUGUCCCAACAGCUGCUGUAUUUUCGGGGGAGAGGAUUCCGAUUUCCAUUACUGUAUGUGGAAAAUGUUCAUCCUGACUUCACCCCUGCCUUUCUUUGCAUUUCAGAUUGUGUCCCACCGUUCUAGAUGUUGCCAGUCCAGGAGAUAGAUGAAAGACAGAUAUCAGAUCCUUGUCUCUGAUCAUUUAUAUCUGAGCAAUAAUGACAGCAACAUCUGACUUAUCCAGCAUUCUCCCAACUUUUUCAAGAAUUUUUGACUCUUUCUUUUAAAUGCCACCAGUUUAUCCAACCACAGACAGUAAUUCUAAUCCUAACCCUAAUCAAACCACGAGCAUCAAUCCUGCUCAGAAUCUUGUUUAUUAGUUUUCCCAUCAUGGAAAAGUCCCAUUACUCCCAUCUGUGCCUAGACUGUACCAGAUAAUACACAUCUCCCGUCCUAUUUGCACUGCCAAACUACAUAUCAUUUUGAAAGUGUAGCACGUACUUUCUCCCCUAAAGCAUAAUUCUACAAGAGAGAACUUUAUUCCAUUUGUGGCAGUAGGAAAUGUGCCAACGUUUGAUUAUAAUGUUACUUUGCACCUUCAUUGUGAAACUCAGUGAUGACAUGCUCUGGGCACCAAGGCUGACUUUCUGCCCUAUCAGACCAUUUACAUUUAAAUGAUGCAGGUCUGUUGCGGAGAUGAGAUGUGAAGUUCAUCCGGCUGCUGGACUACAUGCAUCACAGCCCUAAACAUCUCAAGUCAGUUACAUAGCCUCUCAAACCCUUCCAGAUUCCUCCAAAGAAUUCUGUGCUGAUUACUUUGUCAUUUGGGAAUGUACACACUGCAGUGAUACAAUGAAAACAGGCAAAUCUCUGUUUCAGAUACAAGAAACCAUCUUCAUCAGGUCAUUGCCAUUGUCUGGUAUUUGCAAGAUUGGAGUUGGUCAUUGUGGGCACCAGAUCCCUUAUUGCAAAUGAUUUGUUAUCCCAAAAGGUAAUUGUGUUAAUUGGGAAAAGGUCUUUCAGUUCAUAUUUUCAUUUUGCUUUGGAUAAUAGUCCAAUCCAUUCAGGAGGGGUAAUUGUUCUGCUGUGCUCCUGUAGAUUUGAUGGGGAAACUGGAUGGUUACAUUCUAUGAAUGUUCUAACCGAAGGCAAGUUCUUGGUUUACUGUCUGCUGACCCUAUACCAUGCGUACUUUCCUUGUCAAUGUUUGGUAUUGGUUUUCCAUUAUCUCCCACCCUCAGGUAGAGCAAGGAGGUAAGCCCGCUCCAGCUGGAGAUAGGAAUUAGACCUGCUCUGUGAGCACUGUUCUGAACCAUGUACUAGCUGACUGAGGCACCCAGUCUCUCACCAUAUUUAUAUUAGUCUACCUGAAAUAUGAACAUAACGUUUGUAAAGUGUCUUUGACCUGAUAAUGCAACAAAAUUUGACACUACACCACAUAAAAAAUGUUCCAUAAAAUAGAGCUCGUGGUAAGUUUAGCUCUGUAACUUAAGGAUGCUGAAAGCACUGGCAGCUGUUUUACAUCUCUCCAGUUUCUGUUUUAGGUAAAUAUUAGGUGAGAUGUUGGAUAAACUGCCAACUCACCAUUUUACUCUCACACACAUAUCCCCACACAGACUGCAAAGGACUUCUUAAGUGAUGCUGAGGAGGGGGUGGACUUCUAAUGGUUCCUGUACCAGUCACUUGUGUUUGGUGCUUUAAAAAUAAUAACGGAUGGGAGUUUAAUAGAUUUUGCAGUAUCUCUGCUAAUUAUAGUAUUGUCUUUUCUAAAAUGAAAUAACUGCACAAAGAAUACUUGAUAAUAGUGGCUUACCAGACCCUGAAUAGAUUACAAUGAAUUGUGUAUGAGCACAAAAUGCUAAAAUGUACUGAACUAAUUUCCAGGGUUUUCAUUAUGUUUCACAGAAAACUGAGUUGAUCAUGCUACCCCUUAGGUGUGAAGUAAAAAAGGGUUAUUGUAGAAUACUGUUCGAGGGGGAUGAAAAUAUCAGGUAUGAAGAGAAUCAUAUCAAAUAAUUUAAAGCAUCUGGAUAUUGAACAUUGAAACCUUUACGCUUUUUUAAUUGUGACUCGUGAAAGUAAGAACAUUCCAAAGGUGCAGGCAUCAGAGUUUGUGAAAUUAAACAGUUUUAGUCAUUAUUUAGCAUAAAUGACAUGAUAAUUUUACCAUUUCUGUCUGCAGUUGGUAACAUGUCCACCUGGGAAGAUAACUGAAUACAAGAGCAAACUUUCAAAUGCUGUAUUUUCAGGCAGCCCUGAGUAAUUGCUGCUUUAGUUUUCUGUAUUCAGUAUAUUAGCUGCGUUUUGUCUUUAAAUUUUCAAAUGCUGUUUAAAUGGGUGUUCUCAGAGUCUUUUUGUCGCGGAGAACAUGUUAUCUACCUCUUUCAUUCCCAACUUGCAAUUUCCUCAUUCUUGCUUAAAUUGUACACUGUAGAGCAGUCAAACUGAUGCAUUUUUAAAUAUUAAACUAUUAAUAUAUUGUGCUACAUUUUCACUGAUUAAUUUAUAAAAGCACAUUUACCUGUAUGAAUGAAGCAAUUUUAAGUUAUUUUAGGUUAAGCUGUAAAUACAAAAAAUUGUCCAUGUAAAGUCAAUGAGUACUUAGUUCCAUUGUUCUGAACACUGGGAUGCCCUUACUUUUGUGUGCCAUCUUUUCACUGUUUCUGAAAGAUAAACAGAGCUUUGGGUUUCUGUCUGAUACGGUUAAGAUAUAUAUUAAGGAUAAAUUUAAGAGCGACAAUUAUCCUCAUGCUCAGCUAAGGUGCUAUCUCAACUUUUCGAAAUCUUGCUGCAUGUUUUCUAAAUCCUGUUUAACAUUUUCUGUGGAAAUGGAAUGGUCAUUGUUUUUGCAGUGCAUUUUCUUUGUUAUUUUAUUUCACUGUAUUAACUUUCUUUUUCAAAUCUUGUGUUUCUUAAAAUACAAAUGCACACACACAACACACUCAAACUGCAAUCCUGCAUCAUGAUUGUCACUGGAUAAAUUAAAUAAAAGAGCAAGCCGUUUCACUUCUUUUUGAAGUAUAUGAAAUUUCUCAAAACUCGGGUCUCAGCUAUAACAUUGUUUCCAGUGAGUGACGGGGUCAUUCAGACUGGUUCUGCUUCAAAUCUGCAAUUCAUAUAUAACAUUGUUUCCAGUGAGUG